AUCACACCAUCAGGUCUAAGAACCCCUGGACGUAAGGCAACUCUCGCCCAACCUGCAACCAUGAAAUUCUCCCUCAUCGCCGUCCUUGUUGUUGCUCUGGCCAUUGGCUCUGAGUCAGUAUCUCUGGUCAAGAGAGACGCUCCUGCUGAGCUGGACAAGAUCGCCAAGUACUUCCAGGACCUCGUGGACAAUCUGAAGAACGUUGAGGGCCCUGAGCUGGCCAACAAGGCCAAUGCUUACCUCGAGCAGAGCAGAGCCCAGUUCCAGCCCAUGGUUGAGAAGCUCCAGGAGCAGCUGAAGCCCCUCUCCAGCAACAUUGAAGAGCACAUCAAGCCUCUGGCCGCCUCCGUCCAGGCUCAGGUCGCCCCCCUGGCCGGCAUGGUCCAGACCCACGUUGAAGACGUCCUCAAGUUUGUGGCUGACAAGACCAAAGCCAUCCUUCCGCCUCAGUAAACCCAAAGAAUCACCGUUGCUUAUAGUUUUCUUUCAUAUUGGUCUCUUUAUAUAUAUUUAAAAUAAUAAAAAGGAUUUAAAGGUCACUGUACUAUCUCCUCCUUCCAUUUUCUUACACAUGUAUUAAAUAAAGUAGCCAUUUUGUUUUUAGGGCUUCCCUAAAAUGCAGGGAAUGCUCUCUUCAUGUAUGCUGGUAUGUUUGAAAUAAUAAAAAGGUUAAAAAGUGACCACUCUGUGCUGGCUGGUUAUUCAUAUGUCUCGCAUGAAAUUUAACACUUUUUUAACUUAUUUUUACACAACCACCUCAUUAACUUUUAUCUUAGAAAUAAGAUAAUCGAUCAUAAAAUUACAAUACGUGGUGGUCACAGCUGAUUUGACUAGGAUCAACUGGCUUUAACAUAAAUAAUUGUUUUAUUAAGCCCAAAGUAUACUUCACUUUUUACACGUACGCGAGGGUCGGUGUACUGUGCGCG